GCAGCAUCAAGAUGAAGCUGUCGCUGGUAUUCUUAGCCAUAGUUGGACUUGCACUAGCAGCCGCACAGGUGUUGGAACCUACCAGACAAGUCAAAUAUGCCGACAAAUCGUUUUUGGAGAAACAAAAGUUUCUACUCGAAAUCGUUUAUCGCAUAGAGAACCCGCUGCUGUUCGAGGAGUAUAUAAAAUACGCACACGACUUUCACUUCGAUAAGGCUGAUUACACGCAAUAUGACCACCCCAUGGAGUUGUUUGAGCGAGCGCACAAAGCUGGCUAUCUUCUGUCGAGAGGAGAGUUCUUUGGCGCCAUGGUGAAGUCGCACAUUUACCAAGCUUGGGGUCUCUUCAACUACUUCUACUAUGCCAAGGACUUUGAUACUUUCAUGCGUGUGGCUAGCUGGGCGCGUAUGCAUGUCAGUGAGGGUAUGUUUGUGUAUGCACUCCAUCUGGCUGUCAUACACCGCGACGAUUUCGAAGGUCUCAUGCUGCCGACAAUCAAUGAAAUUUUGCCCCAUCACUUCUUCAACAGCAAAUUAAUAAUCGAGGCGAAAAAAUUCGAUUACGAUAUGUGGAACAAGCUUGCUAUGUUGAAUAAGGAGUACAGCGGCUAUCUUGAUGCGAACGACAACAGUAAAAUGAGCACCAAAGACUGGAAGCCAUGGCAGUGGUGGAAGUUGUUGGGAUUGAGUACACAAUGGUUUAAGAUGGAAACUUAUCCGCUGCGCAAGGAUGUCACAUUCAUGAAUAUGCUGAAGGAUACGCACAUGUUCUACAUGCCCACCGAUUACACACGCAACAUAGAAUAUUACAAUGAGCACACAAAAUUAUCCUACUUCACUGAGGAUGUGGAGUUGAAUGCUUACUGGUACUAUGCCAACAUAGAUUACGCCUAUUUCUUGAACAGCACCAAGUAUGGCUUUGCGCAGGAGCGUCGUGGCGAAUACUGGGCUUAUAAUUUGCAAACAAUGCUUGCGCGCUACCAAUGGGAACGACUAUCGCAAGAGCUUGGUGAAACGCCCGAGUAUUCGGGUAAGGACACCUACGAACAAGGCUACAAUCCACAUCUCAUCGGCUAUAAUGGCAUCAAUUUCGGUUAUCGCCAGAAUGAUUUCGAUUAUAAAAGAUACAGUAAUUUUGGCCAGUUUAGCAUAUUCAUGAGCUAUUAUAGGCGCGUGACCAUGGAACUGGAACAAGGUCAUGUGACUACCAACAAUGGCACACUCAUCGAUCUGCGCCAACCGGAAGCCAUUGAGGUUAUGGCCAAUCUAUUGGAAGGUAAUGCCGAUUUAUUCGACUCACGCUUCGACACAUUCUGGCGUGUGUUCUCACACACAUACUUUGCGAAUGCAGAUAUCGAUGCGCAGCACUUGGUACCGCAUAUCUUUGUCAAUUUCGAGACAAUGCUGCGCGAUCCCUUCACCUACAGCUACUACAAACGUUUCUACCAAGUUAUCUCCAAAUUCAGUUCGUACCUGAAGCCUUACACUAGGAAAGAAUUACUGCUGCCAGGCGUUAAGAUUGACACUGUGGAAAUCAGCGAAUUGGCCACCUACUUCGAUCUCACCGAUUUUGAUGUCAGCACACUUUUAAGCGAUAAAAUGAUGUUCGUUGAUGGUCAGUUUGUUUGGGAUAAGUCUCUAAUGGCGCGCCAACAACGUCUCAAUCAUCAACCAUUCACUUUCGAUUACACCAUCGAGUCGGAUAAGCCACAAAAAGUAGUCAUACGCGCUUUCCUCGGCCCAAAAUUCGAUCAGAGCAGACGUACUCUCUCCUUGGCAGAAAAUCGUGAGAAUUUCAUUGAAAUCGAUGAGUUCAUCUAUCAGCUAAACGCUGGCAAGAACACCAUCCAGCGUAAUUCGCAGCAGCUCUACUGGACCAUUGGUGAUCGCGCCACUUACACCGAGCUCUACAAGUCAGUGAUGAUGGCUAUUGAGGGUAAGCAACAGUUUGCACUGAAUGCUACUCAGCCCCAUUCUGGUUUCCCCAAUCGCCUUCUACUGCCUCAGGGUUGGGAAAAGGGCUUCCCAAUGCAGUUCUUCUUCUUCGUUGCGCCCUACACGGGCACGAAUGAGCAUUUCCCCAGCUACGAUUACACUUCAUACACGAGCGGCAUUGGUUCGGGCAAACGUUACAUUGAUGACAUGCCUUUGGGUUAUCCUUUCGAUCGGCCGAUUGAAGAGGAGGUGUUCUUUGUACCCAACAUGCUGAUGAAGGAUGUUAAAGUGUAUCAUAGGGAAGGAUUAGAGAAAUUUUUCAAUUUGCAGUAACUGGCUGUGCUGUACAGGCUGCGGGCUAGUCUGGCUAAUUAGAAUGGAGAGGAAACGCUUAGUGAAACGUAGCUUUCACACAAACGAAAUCUGUGACAGAAUUUUACAACACUGUCUGUAAAAAAAUAUAAAAUUAAGUAAA